AUGGCUAGUGGUGAUUGUGUUAGUAGAAGCGAAUGUGCUACAGCAAGAGUAACAGAAGGAACAGAUAGAUCGAAUGUGAUUAGGUGUGAACUGAGUGGUCGAAGAGUUGCACUAGUGGCUUGUGGAUCGUUCAAUCCACCAACAUUCAUGCACUUGAGAAUGUUCGAACGGGCUCGUGAUUACUUGGAGAAGACACACAAUUGCGUCGUUGUUGAGGGAAUUCUGAGUCCAGUAGCCGAUACGUUUGCAAAAGCGGAUUUGAUCAGUGCUGAGCAUCGACUUCAAAUGGUUCAAUUGGCUGUGAGAAAUUCAACAUGGUUGAGAGCAGAUGGUUGGGAAUGUUCACAAGAGAAUUGGACAAGAACGUUAAAUGUUUUGCAACAUUUCAACAAAUACUUGGAACGUAAGUAUGGUAAUUGCUCGAGCACGGUGCGUUUAAUGUUGUUGUGUGGUGGCGAUGUGGUGGAAAGCUUCGCGAAAACGGAUAUGUUUGGAAAUCGAAUUUGGAAACCAGAUCAUAUCGAGCAGAUUGUUCGGGAUUAUGGAUUGGUGGUCAUCACCCGGUCAAAUAGUGACCCUAUGAAAACGGUUUAUAUGGUGGACGUUCUGCGAAAAUUGCAGAAAAAUAUCCAUAUAAUCGAAGAUGAAACAUGUCCGAAUAAUAUCAGUUCAACUCGACUGAGAAUAGCCAUCAGACGUGGCGAAUCAAUUAAAUACUGCACAGAUGAUGAAGUUAUCAAUUAUAUUCAAAGGCAUCAACUCUAUUCAAAAUCGUCCGUUCAUCGCUCUUGUCCAACUUCUGUUAGCACUACAGCGACAACUGCUAGUCCUAUAUCUGAUGCUGCGGGACUGCCAGUAGCACCAGCUACAAAGGUAAUGAGCACAUCAUCAAGUUCAUCUCCAGCUUCAACCGAUACUGUGAUUAAAGGUCCUCCGAAAACACUCUCAGGUCGUUCCCCUCCUGAACCACCGAAACGAAUGUCUUCCAUUGUGGCACAAAAAAACCUCUUUUAUCAACUUCCCGCUGCUGCUACAACGUUACCAGAAGAAAGUGCAGCAUCAGAAACUAUAUGGUAUCCAUCAUUAACGGAAGAACGACAGGAUAAAAAUGAGGCGAAUACGAUGAUUGAUUCAAGAAAGUUAUUGUUUCAUCAGUUAACUGAAACUGAUGAAAAAGUGGUAAUUGGUGAACGAGAUGAAGAAGAACUACAACAAGAAAAACACGUUUUUAGCGAUAAUCGUGUUGGCAAAUCUUCACGAGAAUUAUCGUUACCAUCAGAUAUUUGUAAAAGAGAUGACAUUCGACGUUAUCAAUAUGAAGAGCAUUAUCCACCAUCGGCAUCAGCAUCAUCAGUUUCAUUAUCUCAGCCAGCGUCAUCAUUAUUAAAGCUCAAACCCAUAUCGUUGCCCGAUGAUGAUACGAAAUUAUCGCAAAGAGCAGAAACGUCGAAAAAAGCAACAAGUAUUUUAACACCUGCAGAGGAGUGUUGCCUUCCAUCAAAGUCUUCAUCACUUCCACUGUCUAACCAUUCAUCUUCCUCCGAACAUAGCAAUAAUCAAAGAAAUAUUAACGAUACUAAAAACGAUGCUACCAAUCAAGAUGAACGAAAAGCGCAACAAGUUGUAGUCGAUCACAUAUCAACUCCAUUGCCGAAGCACUUGCCAAUGCAAUCGCAAACGCAAACACUUAUGGGCAUCGCUCCGAUUUCAACAACCACUGUGAAAAUGCCUAAUUUAAUCGCACCCUCAACACGCUCAAUCUCAACACUCCAGCAGAAACAGCCUGCAAUCGCGGCACAAACAACGUCAUCUGAAGAGGCAUGCGCUGUUGGUGUUGGUUCAUGGUAUCGACAAUCAUUAGAAUCACCUAAUUAUGAUAACGUUACUCUGGAUGAAUUGUUAGCUGCAAGCACGAGUUGGACGGAAUAUUUAUCUGCUCAGCGAGAUGAGCAACAUAGUUAUCCAAGACAAAGAACUGAAGAAGCGGGUCUGAUGAUGAGCAGUGGUUAUUCAUUGGAUAGUGGUGACGUUCACAGCGAUACGGCUCGAGAGCACCAUCCUCAUGGUCAUCAACAAACGCAUAAUUCAUCAUGUUUGCAUAGUGCCACUCAACGACCUCAAUUACAACUGCAUUAUAUUGCUAAUUCUAAUCAAAUACCACCAGGACAGUUGAUUGCUGAUCCAUGCGUAUCAACUGCUGAUACUGAUUUUAUCACCAACACAGCUCUCACAAGCCGUACAGUCCCUUCACAUUGGCGAGAAGGAGUUGAGCAAGCGAGAAGUUUAUCGGCUCCACAACGUCGUUCAAUUCGUUUUGCGUGUGGUGGUGAUCAAGGAAUAAUGCAAAUGGGUUUGAGUACAGAAUGUAUUAAUAAAGUGGACGAUGAAGCGUCAUGUUCUCGUCGACUUGAACCAACAUCCACGGUGAAUGAAAGUAGAGGAGAUAUUGCUGGCGCUACUCCACAUCAACGAUCACCAUCUUUCGGUCGUAUAUCAUCGACUGAUGCGAAUUUGAGGACAACGUCAUCUGACGGAGAUGUUGAGCAUCAGGGUGUUGAUGAUAAUGAUAAGGAUGAUGAAAGAGCAAUGCCCAUUUGUGAUCAAUCAGCAACAACCAACACGCAUUCAAGUAGUAUUCAUAGUAGUAGUAUGAGUAUGAGCUCACGUAGUGCUAUCAGCCCAACAGCUGCCACAGCGAGCAGUUCGGGUGGAGCGAAUGUGACGCUUACCUACCGCAAAUAUAAAUUAUCAAAUACACCUGAAACGACGGUUUAA